AUGAAGGCCUCUGCCAUCCAGAUCCACUGGCACGAAGAGGCCCCCAUUUACUCCUGCCACUUUGAACCGCACGGACGCGGCAGACUCGCUACUGCUGGCGGAGAUGGGCUCAUUUACGUAUGGGAGCUCACGCCAACAGAAAGCAUCCCAAAAGUGACACACCUUUCGACGCUCAAACGCCAUGCAGGCGGUGCAGUGAACGCUGUACGCUUCGAUCCAAAGGGCGAGCACAUUGCUUCCGCCGGUGAUGACGGCUGUGUCAUCAUUUGGGUACCGUCAGAUGCAAAAGAUCCAAAAGAUUUGGACAAUAGCACCUCAGAGGACAAGGAGUUUUGGCGGGUGCUAAGAACGUGUCGCAGUGCAUCAGGUACCGAAAUCUACGACUUGGCAUGGUCACCUGAUGGACGCUACCUCAUUACAGGCGCAAUGGACAAUGUGGCUCGCAUUUACGAUGCAAGGGAUGGACAAUGCGUCAGGCAGAUUGCGGAACACUCCCAUUAUGUGCAAGGCGUCGCAUGGGACCCGCUAAACGAGUACGUCGCCACGCAGUCUAGCGACCGCUCUCUCAACGUCUACAACCUCAAGACAAAAGACGGCGUACAUGUCACAAAUGCUCAGACAUCCAGCAAGAUGGUGCUCCCUGGCUUCUCCAAGCGAGUGCCUGCAGCGCUCGGCUCGCCUGCAGUGGAAGCACUUGCGAGUCCCUCGCCUAGCGCGCCAGGAACCCCGACACUCAGCAUGAUGCGGCCGCCGGCCAUCACGCCAUCAAGGCGCUCUUCCUUCAACGAGAGCAAUCGAGGUCGCUCACCAAGUCCAGCGCCGGUAGUACCACUCCCCGCAGUCAUGGGCUCACCAGCAAAACCCAAGUCAAGCGUCCUGUUCCAUGAUGAAGCGCUUCUUUCCUUCUUUCGCCGUUUGACUUUCUCACCCGACGGCAGUCUGCUACUCGUGCCAGCCGGGAUCCACAAGGGAGAAGAGACGGUUGACACAGUCUACAUCUACACCCGCGCUGGUUUCCACAAGCCGCCCGUUGCGCACCUCCCAAAUCAGAAGAAACCUGCCAUUGCGAUUCGCUGCUGCCCCAAGGUCUUCAAGCUGCGUGCGCCACAACCAACGGUACAUGCAACCAUGGACUCUUCUUCCAGCGAAGAGAUGCACCAGCUGCCACCUGCAGAGACCUCGGCGUCGAGUGCAGAGGGUGGUCCAGUGAGCGAUGCAUUCCACCUGCCGUAUGCCAUUGUCUAUGCUGUCGCAACUCAAGAGUCCGUCUUGAUCUACAAUACUCAGCAACUGCACCCUCUCGCGGUCUUAUCCAACUUGCACUAUGCCACCUUUACCGAUUUGACUUGGACGCCAGACGGUCAUACGCUGCUGAUGAGUUCAACAGACGGCUACUGCUCUGCAUGUGUAUUUGAGCCAGGUGAGCUUGGCCAGGUCUACGAGAAUCCACCCUUCGUGAAGCCAACUAAGCAAGAAUUCACCAUGCCUGAACGCGCAGACCAUGCAGCGAUACCGAGCCCACUGGGCGCGCUGCAAACACCUCCGGCGACACCUGCUUCUGGCACCAUCCCAGCUCAAAGCUCCUUGACUAGCAGCACAGGUCAACCGGCACCAGGGACUGUCGCGCCUGCGCCUCUCGCGGCAAAAUAUACCUCGUCACCUCGCCCACCCACGAGUACAGCGAUUGGCGAUGAGCCUCCAGCAAAGAAGAGACGUAUAGCGCCGACUGUUGUGUCGAGCGCUGAGCCGUCGCGCGAUACAAGUUCAUAG